AUGGUGAUCAACCAAGCUCAUACCUCAUCCUUGCCGUCGCCACAUUCCACCGUCGCUGAAAGAAGCUCAGUGGUCAUUCAAGCUGGCAACUCAACUCCGCCACAUGACACUGUAGCCGUUAUUGACAGCAGCUCGGUGGUCAAUCAAACCGAAACCUCUCCUUCACCGGAUGUCGCCGUCGCUGAAAGUGGUCUGGGGAUCAGCGAAGCUGAUAAUUCUUCCAAUGCCGCCGCCGCUGAGAUUAGUUCGGAGAUCAACGAAGCUGAGAAGUCUUCGUAUGUCACCACCGCUGUUGCCGAAAACUCAGCACCUGCGAACGAGCCGGUAGAAGUUUUCCGAUUUCCAGACCUCGCUCCCGAAAUCAGAAACCGCAUCUACCGUUUUGUUCUCGGGCCACCGCAAGAUCCGUCCAUUUGCUUGACCCAGGUCCUCGAUAAUCGUCCACUCAGGGCGCCAAGUGGAAGUGUUGACUUGGACAACACUUUCCGUACUAAGUCAGUCAUGCCAAAUCCGAAGCACAAGGAUCCUCAAUGGGGCGUAAUUCAUCAGGUCAAAUCCAAUGAUCUGUCCAUACUUCUAGUAUCAAAACAAACCUAUUUCGAGGCAUUUCAUGUCUUCUACUCAACAAAUUGCUUCUCAUUCACGGAUACGGGACUGCUCUAUCGCUUCUUGAAGAACAUUGGAUACACUCGUCGCCAACACUUGACCAUGGUAUAUUUCCUGUGGCGUGGACCAGACGCAAAGGAAGCCUUCCGUUUGUUGAAGACCUGUCGACGGCUCACUACCGUUCAGUUCACUGUUCCUUGUAGCCAUCCACCCGGCUAUGAAGCACUAAAAGAAGUCAGGGUGGAAAAUGCUAAAGCGCGCGCCGUGGUACAUUUCGCCCCCGCGCAGAAUCCACCUCUACACAUUCACGACCACACCAGUUGCUUUGGAGACUACCAAUGCCACUGUCUUUGCAGGCGCCGCUACGAACCGGCAUCCAACCUCCGAGAAAUUGAGCGCGCGAUGAUGAGACCUCGACGUGAACAGGACUUACCGGAUGCCGAAGAGAAGUUCGAUCUGUUCAAGUCAAAACGCGAGCAUUUCAAAAAGUCGGAGGAGCAGGAUUUGCUAGAGGAUAAGGCCUCUUUCGACGAAUUCAUUGGCAGAAUAGAGCAGCAAGGGAAGGAAUUGAAGUACCUGGGACGCAGGAAUAAGUCCAUGGAAGCCGCUCUGAAUCAGACACUGAAGGGACCAGAUGUCGAUGACUAUUUCAGGGACUUUGCGGAAAAGCUCGCCGAAGAUAAGAGGCUAAUCAAGAGGAAGGAGCGCUGGCACGCGAAGCGACAGGAGGAGAAGGCGGCCAAAGAGUUGGAGGAACGUUUGAGGAGGGAGUCUGACGAGGCGAAGGAACUUGAGAUCAAGACGCGUCGAGAGGCGAGGGAACUCAAGUGGAAGAUUGCCCGGGAGACGAGGGAACAUGCCAAGAAGAUGGCCAAAGAGGCCAGGGAGCUGAAGAGGAGGACCGCUAGGGAAGCGAAGGAACGUGAGAAGAUGAUGGCUAGAGAGGCGAGGGCACAGAAGAAAGCAGAUAAGGAGGCGAAGGGCCGCGACAAGACGACGGCUAAAGGGACCAAGAAGCUUGAAAAGCAAGUGCUCAGCGCGUCGAAUUGA